AAGGUUUUAUCAUUAUGGAUCGCUGCUUCCUAACUAUGUGCUUCAAAAGGGGACAGACUUGUUUUUCCGGUGCACAAUGAGCCAGACUGUAAAGGAAGUGGAAACCCUGUUGCUUUUCUAACUGCAGAUGAAUGCAAUUUUAGGAGACGGCUGGUGUAUGUGAUAUACUAGCAUGAAACAGUUCAUGUACAGUGCGAGUUAUGACAAUAGAAGCUCUAUAUUUAAUUCAAAAACAGUUGUGCAACCAGAUUAUGUAGCGUUUUGGACGGCCUUUUGGAAUAGUAAACAAACUCUUGCGUCACUCCUGGCACCUUGAAUAUGAACAGUGAUACUUUAAAUAAAGUGUCCGAGAUAUACUGUGACAUGUAUUGGUUUUCGGAGCGACAGAAAAGAGACGUGUGCUUUACAUUAGCGCAGUAAUGGCAGAGGGCAUGUCUGUUAAACAUUUACUUUACUUUUCUCCCGGAGCUUGGGGUCGGGUGGCCAUGGACCCCUUCAGCCAGCUGAUCCUGCUCAUCUCGGUGGUGAGUUUUUUCUUUUUCCAGUGGCUCUUUCACAGCGUGAGCCCCUGGGCGUCGUCCAGAAUCAGCCCUGGCUUCCUCAAACUCACCCACAAACAGAAGAUCGAGUGGAACUCAAGGACUGUGUCCACGCUCCACGCUCUGCUGGUCGGCCUCUUCUGCCUCUACAUCUUGUUCUUCGAUGAGGCCGUCAAUCAGGACCCCGUAUGGGGAGAUCCUACUCUGGUGAAGAUAAACGUGAGCAUUACUACAGGCUACCUCAUAUCUGAUCUGCUGCUUAUAUUUUACUAUUGGAGAGCAAUAGGAGACAAGUUUUUUGUAAUCCACCACCUGGCAGCAUUGUAUGCUUACUACUAUGUACUGGGUCAAGGAAUGUUGCCUUAUUUUGCUAACUUCCGUCUGCUUGCAGAGUUUUCCACACCCUGUGUUAACCAACGCUGGUUCUUUGAAGUAUUAGGUUACCCCAAAUCCUCCAGGCCCAACAUGGCUAACGGUGUGCUGAUGGCGGCGGUGUUUUUCCUGGUGCGCAUCGCCGUCAUGCCCGUUUACUACAGCCGGAUGUGCUCCGUGUAUGGCACCGAAGCCUUCUACAGGGUUUCGUUUGGCGGCCGGAGCGCUUGGAUAUUCUCUAGCAUCUGCCUGGACAUCAUGAACGUCAUGUGGAUGCAUAAAAUCUUUCGCGGCUGCUAUAAAGUCUUGCAAUCCAGCCGGAAAUCCAAAGCUGAGAGCCAAGAGAACGGAAAAACAGAUUGAGCUGGGGGGAGAAGUGUGAAUUUUCACUUUUUACACGACUUGCUCACUGACUGGGUUGUUGUGUUAUUUAGAAAUGAACAACCCAAGGACACUAUGAAGUAGUGACCGGAGAUUAAAAACAAACAAACAAACAAAAAAAAAAACACCCCCCAGAGCAAUAUUUCACAGGUGAAACUUUAAGACAUCUUAUAUGCUUGGAUAGACUUUUAUUUUGUAAUUUUUUCGGGGGGAAAACUGCACCAGAAGUGCUAACAGUGCACUGUACGCAUCCACCGGCUGAACUGUAUUUUAACUCUUGAAUUUUUAAAUGCAUGAAGCUGGUUUUAAUUAAACUGUGGGCUGGUAAACCACGUUAUUUAUUCGUCGGGAAAAAAGUUAAAUCCGUCGCUCUCAAUCACUGUACUAUGUGCCAAUGGUCAGCAAGAUGUUAACGUUUACCUAAAUGCCGCAUUUAUUGACUGUGAAAGAUUCAUCCACACAACUGCGCUGCACUACAAAUGAAGAAAAUCUGCCAUUCGGAUCAUUCUACUGAAGACGGAAGAUCAACGUCAUGCUGUAUUCGUGACUUUUUAAUGAAGGAAAUGCAACCCAGGCUCAUUCUGAAAACGUAGCCCUGUAUACAUUUCUGGAGAGUGCAAAAUGCGUCCCAGAACGUACAUUUUUUUGUUGUUGCCGUUUUUGUUUUCGCUAAUCCACCAGAGGCCGCUGUGUACGCUUUUUGAGAUCUCAAAUUUCUCUCGUCAGUGCCACUUGUGAAUUCGUAAAUCCACCAGAGGCCACUGACGACUGUCUGACCAAUCAACCGAUCAAUAGCCCCACCCUCCCCCUUCCUAAACCCAACCGAUAGUGUUUUAAAAAGCACUGAUUGACCAGCGCACAACCACUUCCUUAGACCCUACCGACUUAUUUUAAUUUUUAUCUUUUGUUUUUGUCUUAUCCGCUUUCUGGAACUGUUAUUCGCCGGACUAGAACCCUAUCGUAGCAGUCAACUUCUCUGCGUUUCAUGUUCGCCGACGUACGCGGUUACAGUGGUAAAGUUGUCCACACGGCGUCAUACUGCCCUCUAUCGUUCAUUUUCAAGACGAAAUGCAGCUCUAGCUACGUAAUUCGCAAUCUCCAGAAUAUUAUACAGGGCUACGUUUUCAGAAUUAGCCUAUGUUGAGGAAAUGAUGAAACCUGUGGGUUAAAUCGCCAAAAUAUUUUUUUAUACAAGCAUUGAACUGUACUUGUUAAUGAACCGGUUUACACUCGCUCCAGAUUCACUUCGGAUUUAUUCCCUUUCACACAAAUGCUUUGUUCGCACUGUACAGUUAAUUGCAUGCGGCGAUGUUGUUCUCUGAAUGUUUGCAUUGUACAUAGAGAUUUUAUUGAACAUACGAUGGCUAUUUUAAUGAACGUUUGUGUACAGUGUAUCCAAUCAGUACCGAACUUAAAUUAUCGGGACUAUUUUGACAAAUGGAAUCGCAAGAGCUUGGGUUGGCUUAUUUGAGCUUAUUUGAAUGUCGAAAAACUCUUUUCCUUGCAUCGCACCUAAUUUAUUAAUCCAGUUUCACACUGGGACAGCAUGGUAAUGUUUGUACGACAUAUUUAUUAUUUUUUAACGGAAAGAUAUACACGUCGUCGAUGUAUCAGAGUAGAUAUCUAUACAGCAUACGAGAGAAUUUCACAACGCAGAGAUGCUUUUAUAAAUUCAUUGUCACCAUGUAUAGUCUAGAAUAUUCGCACACGCAUUCGGAUGUGAGAGCGCAUGACGAGUUUUAUUGUUUUGUUUUGUGUGGAAACGAUUUUCUGUUUUUAACAAACUUAAGUACUUGAAUUUUGAGACCUAUAAAAGGGAAUGCCUGUCAUUGGGACGAGUUAUACAGGAAUACUUGUGAGUUUAUGUUUUGCCUUUGCAUCCAGUCACUCAAAAUGCCUUUUUUUGGUUAAAUAAACAUACUUUAUUUGAUUUCUUCAGCGUCUUUUUGUACCACUCGGUUUUGAAAAAACUAGCAUAUGCUGCUGGUAAGGUCUGUUUUGAUGCUGGUCUUUCUGGUUUCAAUGCUGGUUUUGAUGGUUUUAAUGGUGGUCUUGCUGGUUUGAAUGCUGGUUUUGAUGCUGGUUUCAAUGCUGGUUUUGCUGGUGUUAAUGGUGGUCUUGCUGGUUUUGAUGCUGGUUUCAAUGCUGGUUUCUGAUGGUUUUGCUGGUUUCAGUCCACCAGAGACCACUGCCGACCGAUCACCCCACCCAUUCCUUUCAUAAACCCAACCAAAGGUGUUUUCGAAAGCACCGAUUGACCAGUGCUCAACCACUUCCCAUAACCCAACCAAUAGUGUUUUCAAAAGCAAUCCAGAAAAAGAAAAGCCCUUGCAGCUACCUAAUUUUUACCACAUUUUCACCCUGGUAUUUACUUGUUUAUUUUAAUUUUUUGUUUUUGUCUUAUCUGCUUUCUGGAACUGUUAUUCGCUGGACUAGAACCCUAUCGUCAAUUUCUCUGCGUUUCAUGUUCGACGACGUACGCGGUGAGCCACUGGACAAACUGGUAACAGUGGGAAAGCAGUCCAUACGGAGUGAAGCGGUCAGCUGCUAGCGUGAAAAGGAACGGCAUCAUACCGUCUUGUAGUUUUCGUUUUAUUGCUGCUUUCAAUGCUGGUCUUGCCAGGUUAUUGAGACCAACACGAAAACCAGCGAGACAAGCAAAACCAGUUCUGAAAUCAGCAAAAACAGCAUUGAAACCAGCAAGACCAGCAUUGAAAGAAGCAAAACCAGCAUUGAAAGAAGCAAAACCAGCUUUGAGACCAGUAUUGAAACCAGCAAGACCAGCAUUAAAUCCAGCAACACCACAAUUGAAACCAGCAAAACAAGCAUUGAAACCAGCAAAAAUAGCUCUGAAUCCAGAAAAAAACAGCAUUGAAACCAGCAAGACCAGCAUCAAAACAUACCAUUAUCAAAACAUUAUCAGCAUUUGCUGUUUUUUUUAUUAUUAUUAUUUGCAGGGUGUUUAGUCGUGUGACUGUUUUCUCUGUUUUUUCUUGUUAACGUUGUAACCAAAGGUCAGAAUUAUCAGUAUAAUAAGGAAAAUCCUUGCAAAAUCCAUCCUUACUAAAAUUCACCAUGAUUUAUUAUAGUAAAGGUGUGGUGCCCUGCUGAAAAAAAAAGCAUAUGCUGGUAAGGGUUUCUUGGUCUCAAUGCUGGAUUUGCUGGUCUUGAUGCUGGUCUUGCUGGUUCCAAUGCUGGUUUUGCUGGUCUCGAUGCUGGUCUUGCUGGUUCCAAUGCUGGUUUUGCUGGUCUCGAUGCUGGUCUUGCUGGUUUCAAUGUUGGUUUUGCUGGUUUCAAUAUUGGUCUCAAUGCUGGUUUUGCUGGACCAGUAUUAAGACCAGCACUGAAACAAUCAAGACCAUCUAAACCAGCAAUGAAACCAGCAAAACCAGCAUUGAAACCAGCAAGACCAGCAUCAAAACAUACCUUACCAGCAUUUGCUGUUUUUUUUCAGUUGGGUGUUUAGUCAUGUAUGACUAGUUUGUGUUUGUUAAAGUUACAACCAAAGGUCAGAAUCAUCAGUAUGAUAAUGAAAAUCCUUGCAAAACCCACUCUUACAAAAAUUCAGCAUGAUUUACUAUAGUAAAAGUGUGGUAGCCGUGUUUAUUUUAAGGUUGUAUACAAAUACAAUGGAAAAAUUAUGGUUAGUUGGUCUUGGAGAGCUGGUGUCCUGCAAAGUUUAGCUCCAACCCCAAUUAGACACACCUGGGCUAACUAAUCAAGCUCAUAAUACGCUUUCUGUGCAGGUUUGUACCUAUAAUUUGCAGGAAACUGGACCUCCGGUAAAAACCAUUGUGAAUUUGUGGUUACCAUCAUUAUAGUUGUAGUUACCGUAGUUUAAAAUGACCAUUUGGUUGAAUUUGUAGUAAAAUCAUGGUUAAUUUUCAGAAGAACAGACAGUAAAUGGAAGCAAGCGAAGGACAAAUAAGGGAUAGUUUAUUAGUUAUUAAAACCUCUUGCACGUCAUUUCCGAGGCUGAUUUCUACAUUUGGAAUAGAUUUUUUUACUUAUUAAUAAAUUAAAGAAAGAAAAAUAUUUCUAUACACAAUGACCAAACCUUCAGCGUUCAGCAGCGUUGAUGUUUGAUUUAUGGGAUGUGUGAAAUGCAACAGUAUCUCUUAUGUUUUUAUGUUUCCACACGCUGUCACGGGAGUUGUUGUUUUAUAAGGUUUACAUUUGUUACGGUGGCGGCAGGGAUCUUGUUUUUGAGUGAAAGAAAGUAAGUGCAUGUACUCGAGCGACACGACAGUUUUGAACAUGGGUAAUCUUUCACGUGUCUUACUUUUUUCACUUGCAUUAUGCCAUUUGCCUCAAUAAAGCAAUAUGUUCAUUUUGAUCUA